AUGGGAAACUGCGCUUCGGGAUGCCUGGACGCUACUGAAGCGUGUUGUCCCAACUCGGCGUGGCUGGCCUCAUAUCGCAAUGGCCUCGCAUCACAGUUGACGUUCGAUUAUGACGAGAUCGAUGACUUGGAGUUUGAGAACCUCCUGAACAACCCCAACGCGCAUGGUGCUUAUAACCAUGCCCACAACAGGUCGCCUUUCUGGGACAAAGUCGCUGCUCUAUUUCGGCCCCCGAGAGAUGGCGCGCCGGGGCGACCGCAUCGUGGAGGUUUCAGGGCCGGCGGGUACCAGUCUGUCCCAACCGACGGGCGUGAGGGAAACAGAGGGCCGUUUGUGCGGGAACUGGAUGAUGAGGAGUUCUUGAGGCAUGAGGAAGACGCUCAGCUCAUGAAUAAUGAGCAGAUUCGGAGGAUAACGAGUUUCGUUCGGGAGCAGCCACGGGCCACUAAUCCGUCUCCUACGCCACCGCCAUUGGUUGAGACAGCAUCAAAAACCCCCGACAGCAUAGGAUCCAGUGACCCACUCUCACAUUUCUCCAAAGGCGUGAUUGAGAGCGAGCCUCUGCCAUCAAAGAUCAACAUACCCAAAGCAACACCGCUCUCCAACUCGCCAGAACCAUCAUCAGUGCCAAAACCAGCGCAUAAUACCCAUCCAACCUUCCGCCCAAAGAAGCGAAGUACAUUUGCCUCGGGUGCAGCGUUCGCCGCCGCUGCGCUCUCGAAUAGCGGCCAAUCCCCUCCAAGCGUAUCUCUGGAUUCGGAAUCGGAUUUCGGCAACUUCCAAACUGCCAAACCAGAAGCUCCGAAAGUAUCGUCUGCCUUUCUUCCUAGGCAAGAGUCUGACUUCGACGUAGGGGCUUCGCAAGGAUACGCAACCCCGCCUGAAGCCCUUCCUCAGCAGAGUGAUGGGGAUUCGACUUCCACAGCUUUGAGAACCGAUCCUCUUGGUGGCGCGGUGGUCGAGUGA